AUGCCGCGUCACACCGUUCAUCUUUUCUGGAAGGGACUUUGGCUUCUUGACAAGCCAACGCUGCUGGCUGUGAUGGAGUCCUCCGUCAUCUACCCUGUCUGCAUCCUGGACAGAAAGUUCAUGAUGUCCAUGAUGCACACAGGGGCCCUGCGCUGGCAUUUUCUGCUGCGGUCCCUGGAGGUUCUCCAGAAAAACUUGUGGGAGCUGGGCUCUUGCUUGCUGGUUAUUCAAGGAGAGUCUGUUCCUAGGGAUCACAUCCACAAGUGGAAUAUCAUGCAAGUGGCUCUGGAUGCAGAGAUGGAACCAUUUUGCAAGGAGAUGGCGGCCAAUGUACGAUGUCUGGGAGAUGAGCUGGGGUUUGAGGUGCUUUCUCUGGUGGGCCACAGUCUGUGUGAUACCAAACGGUACGUGAUUGUCCUGAAGACCAGUGAGGUGUCUCCAGGAAGGUUUAUUUCAGAUUUAACAAGCAUUGGGGAGAAAAGGUCUCUCUGCAGAAGGCCUCUCUUCCACAUUAGGAGAUGUAGGGCCCCUGACCCGGGCCUGGCUGAGUGCUACAGGGUGCCUCUCCCUGUGGAUUUGAAGAUUCCCCCCAAGAGCCUUUCCCCCUGGAGAGGAGACGAGACCCAAGGGCUACAACGCCUGGAGGAACACUUGACUGACCAGGGCUGGGUGGCAAGUUCUACUAAACCAAGAACAGUUCUAAAUUCACUGCUUCCAAACACCACAGGCCUGAGCCCUUAUUUCAGUAUGGGCUGUCUGUCAGUUCGCAACUUUUUUUAUAGGUUGUCAAACAUUUAUGCACAGGCCAAGCAUCACUCUCUGCCCCCGGUGUGGCUCCAAGGGCAGCUUCUGUGGAGGGAACCCUGUGGGGUGGCAUCAGCAAUACCAAACUUCACCAGAAUGGUUGGGAACCCCAUCUGCCUUCAGGUCAGUUGGUAUGAGGAUGCAGAGAGGCUCCACAAACAGAGAAAGACAGGGAUCCCGUGGAUCGAUGUGGUUAUGACCCCACUGUGCCAGGAGGGCUGGAUCCAUCACCUUGCUCGGCACACAGGCUUCCUGCUGCGGAGGGACCUUUGGAUCAGCUGGGAAGAGGGCAUGAAGGUGUUUGAAGAGCUGCUCUUAGAUGCUGACUACAGCAUCAGCACACGGAACUGGAUGUGGAUGUCAGCUAGUGCGUUCUUCCACCAGGGAAUCUUCUGCCCCGUCCACUUUGGGAAGCACAUGGACCCCAAGGGGCAGGACCUCUGGAAAUACUUGCCUAUACUAAAGAACUUUCCCUCCAAGUACAUCUCCGAGGGAACAGCCUCUGAAGAGGAACAGAAGCAAGCAGUGUGUAUCACAGGUCAAGAUUAUCCCUUCCCGCUGGUGAGCCACGGGGGCAGCGAUCACGCCGCGCGGCUGAGGAAGCGCGUCGGGGCAGAGCAGCGAUGACUCGUGAACUUUGAUUCCUUCCUUCUUGCUGUAGAUGAUACAGAUGACCCGAUGGAAAUGAAGGUAAAGCAUGAGCUCUGUGAAGAAAACAUUUCAAAAGGAAAAAUGGCCAGGAUGACAGAACAAACUGAGAUCCUGUCAGGGAUUACCUGCUGGGAACCAAAACAUGGCCCAAGGGGCAAGCCAGAGGCCAGCUGA